GAAAACCCAGAUAUAUAUCAAGUAACAGUCACAUGAUGACAAACGUCUCACGAUAUCUUAUCAAUCACCUGGUGACGUUCUCCCUGCAGGAUGGGGAGGUGAAGAGUGUGGAUGAGGCCCAGUCUCGUCUGUCCCAACUGGCCCGGGCGGAGAAGCUGUGGAGCCAGCAGAUAGUUCUGGAGAUUAGCCCUGAGGCCCUCCGACUCAGAGACACACAGAGCCAGGAUGAGUUGGAGAAAUAUCCAGUUUCAUCUAUCCAUCGCUGUGACGCCAUGCUCACUGAGAAACGAUUUCCAUCCCUUCUGUUACUCGUUUGCCAAAGCACACCUCAGAAAAAGCCUGACGUUCUCUUCUUCAACUGUGAGACAGUAAGGGCAGAGCAAAUUCGUGACGACAUCACAAGGGCAGUGUCAGGUUACUCAUCGAGGUCCAAGAAGCGCCCAGAGGCCCUCAGACUUCCUCCGAUAGACCCUGUUCUUCCUCAAAAUACCAAAGCAGCGAUGAUGGACCCCUACGGAAUUCCGAGUCCCCCCAUUCCACAUGCUCCCAAUGCCCCGCCUGCCAACCCUCCACCCUACCCGGGAAUCAGAGGCAAGAAGACAGGAACCAUCGUGUUUGUGCAUGCUCUGGUAAUGAAUGGGAAUGGACGCUCUGAAUCUUCUUCUAUGUCCUCAACAGCGAAUGGCGUCAACAGCGGGCAACAACCUGAUAGCUCUUUUCUACGAGCUGAGAAAGAAGUGGGGAUCCUUAAUCACUGUUUCGAUGACAUUGAGGUCUUCAUGGCAAAGCUCCAACAGACGGCAGAAGCUGCCUCAGUUUUAAGCCAGAGGAAGAAGAAGAAGAAGAGUCGCAAGCAAACACCAGAGGAGGACUUGCUUACUGCAAAAGCUCGCCCUCCACCUGAAGAAGAAUUCAUGGACAUCUUCCAAAAAUUGAAAUACUGCUUCAGCCUACUGGCUCGUCUCAAGUCUUCCAUCUCCAACCCAUCCUCAGAAGAGCUGCUCCACCAUGUGUUCAAACCUCUACAUAUACUGGUGAGGACUACCGGGGGCCCUGCUCUAGGGGCCUCAGUGACCAGUCCUGCCCUGACCAACUCAGCCGUAACCCUGCUUCAAGACAACCUGUCUGAGGAGGAGAGGCUGCUAUGGACGGCUCUGGGGCCCCACUGGACACUCCCACGUUCUCAGCUCAAAGGGCCAGUGGCCCCAUACACACCGGUAUUUCUGGACGGGUGGAAGCCAGAGGCCACCAGAGCAGACAGGCAGGUUUAUGAGGAUCCAGUUGAGUCACAACACAAACAUGAAGCCCUGAAAGAAAAACAAGAGUUGCAGCCUACUCAGCCAGUUGGACCUCCAGUCACCCCUAAGAGCAAUGAAAUGGAUAGCAGUGUCCUACCCCCCGAGGGAGAGAGGAUGUACAGUUGCAGCUAUGACUUUGUGGCCCGCAACAACAGUGAGCUAUCAGUACAACAGGGAGAUACACUGGAGGUCGUGGAGUCUUCCAAACGCUGGUGGAAGUGUCGUAAUCGCUUCAACGAGGUUGGCUUUGUCCCAUUCAACAUCCUGGAGCCAGUGGCUCACAUAGACAGCCCUGUCACCAUGAGAGAACCUAAGCCUCCGGUCUCACCUGCCCUGAACAAUACUCACAUUCCUCCCAGCCCUCCAGCCUUUAACCCUAGCUCCUUGACUCCUAGCCCCUCAGCGUACCACCGCCCUCGCCCACUAUCAUACAACCAAUACAGCCAACACAUUCCAGCCGGAGAUGACGCAGACAAAGUCAUGAUGGUGAACGACGAACUGCUCCAGAGACUGACCAAUGGGAAGGCCAACCUGAACAAGCCACUGGUUAUCCCUCGCUCGGCGGACACCUUGGUCCCCCUGGACUACAACUCACCCCCCGAGGAGGUGGAGCAGUGGCUCAGGGGGAAGGGCUUCAGUGAGACGACGGUGACAUUACUGGGAAAGCUGACAGGAGCCCUGCUCUUCUCUCUGAACAAGGAGGACCUACGACAGGUCCUACCAGACGAGGGCGCCAGAGUGUACAGCCAGCUCACUGUGCAGAAAGCACUGUUGGAGGACGCCCGGAAGGCCACUGAGCUGGAGGCAGUGAUGGAAAAACAGAAGAUGAAGAUGGAUCUGAAGCUGGAGAGUAGCACACUAUAAGACCCACGUUUCAGACAUCAUGUGUCACUCCCCCAUAAGGAAGACUACAAUUAAAAGAGAAAAAUGCCUGCACACUGGCUUGAUUCUAUCUCACAAACAUUCAAAAACUGUCAGAUGUAACAUUAUGCAAAUGUUAUGGUUGCUCUUCCAAGCCAGACUGUGGAGUCUUGAAUCCAGGAUUUGCUUUUUGUUGCAAAUGCUUGCUUCAAUUAAAACUUUUUAGGAUAAACUGUCCUCUGUUAAGCCAAUGUACAAUGUGCAUCCGUAAUCUUUGCUAUAUUCUAUAAUAUUUUCUCCUUUCUAUGUUGACUUAGAAUCAUUUGUGCAUUGUACCAAUUACACCUGCUAUUUGCAGACUAACUUAACGUAUACUGUAUCUACUCGUCUUGUUUAUGUCUGUUAUUUAUACACUCACACAAUAUAUUAGAAGAUAAAUACUUUUCUUUGAGUAGAACAUAAACUUUACACUUAGGCCCUGAGCAAAGAUCUCAGGUAAAUAGAUUAAUACAAUUCUGGGAUUUUUAUUCAGGCUUCAGACAAAAUCAUCUUCUAGCAAAAUAAUACGAACAGACCUGACCAAUACUAGAGCUGGCACCCAUUAGGAAAAGUUGUGCAUUCCUUUAAAUGUGUUUGCAUCCAAUUUCAAGUGACUGACAUACAUGAACCAACAUAUUCAGAAGAUGUACAAGCUGCGGAUUCAGCAUCAAAAUACUGGAAAGUAAAAUGAACAUAAGCAGGUACUUAGGAUAUUGUUCCCAGCACCAAGUGUCAUAGUCCAAAACCAGGGUAACGUGGCUGACUACCUGGGUAACGUAGCUGACUACCAGGGUGACGCAGCUGACUUCUAGGGUCACAUACAGUCAUUCUCAAUGCAAAACAGCAUUUCCUACUCAAUCCAUUGGAGAGAAAUGCAAAGUCCAUCAUGUCUACUACACACAAAUACAGACUUCACAUAACAUGAAAACUUGGAACAAACUUGUAAAAUUCUAUAAAAAAAAAAAUACUCCAUUUGUGAACACAAAGGCAAAUAAAAUCUAAAGCGUAAGAAAAUCCUGUCCGUAUUAUGACAUAUUCAAUCGAACUGCUACAAUCUCUCCAGAUAUAAAUGUGCCGUCAAUCAGUCUAGGCCACAACUAUAGAAGCAAAGGGUAUUUCACAAGCUGACAGAAAUGAGCUCACUAAUGUUCACAACUGACCAAAUUCCUUUUGUAUUUCCAAAUGUCCUGAUCCAGUCAAACAACAAUAUGUUUUAGUUGAACAAUCUUAUAAUCUGUUCUGCACAUAUCCGACCUAUGAUUACUGGAAUGUUAAAUAUUUUUUGCAAAUUACUGCAACCAGCAUUGUGAAAUAGCCUCUAGGAAGGGAAGAAAGCGUCGCAGAGAGAAGCCAAUCUAAGGCAGUAUGCCAAGUCGUGUUCAUUAGGGCACUAAUUGAAAACCUUUCGCUACAUUUUUACGGGAAAGCAAAAAUGUGCUUUUCUUAUUGGACAAAUCCAGAUGACCCCUCCCUGUUUCAGUCCGGUUUCUUCCGUUUGGUGCCUAAUGAACACGACCCAGGACAGUAUGCAGGAAGUAUGAUUAAGCAGUGUCUCAAUCCCACAGCAAUCCUGACAAUUUAAAAAUAACAGUAUCAAAACACAGAAACAUUUAAAUGCUCUAUUCUUUAAGUUUAUGGUUCAUUCAAUGGUCAUUCAUUUAUCCUUUCUAUAGCUACCACUUAACAUGUAUAUUUAGGAUCGUUUCAUAGAAUUUAUAUAUACAUAAAAUCAAAUGUAUUGCAAUCAACAGCCUUCACUUAAAACAUAUGCUGGCAGGACUUUGUGCACCCCCACACCAUUCAACAACUACCAUCACCCACACCCUUAUCCCAGGAUAUAUUUGAAUGCUUGAAAUAUAUACAGUCCCAGUCAAAAAGCCACAACACAACUAAUUGGAUCAAAGGUAUUAAGGGAAGAAAUACAACAAAUUAACUUAACAAGGCACACCUGUUCAUUGAAAUGCAUUCCAGGUGACUACCU